AUGAAGCUAACUGUAGACGGUCUUCUUGUAUAUUUCCCAUACGAUUAUAUUUAUCCUGAACAGUAUGCUUACAUGCUUGAAUUAAAACGAGCUUUAGAUGCUAAGGGACAUGGCUUACUGGAAAUGCCGUCAGGAACUGGAAAAACCAUAUCACUACUAUCACUAAUUGUUGCUUAUAUGAUACAAAACCCUCAUCAUGUCAGAAAAUUAAUUUACUGUUCCCGCACAGUACCUGAAAUAGAAAAAGUAUUAGAAGAAUUAAAAAAUCUAAUCAAAUAUUAUGAAAAAAGUCAAGGAGAGAAACCCAGUUUAACUGGAGUCGUAUUGAGCUCAAGGAAAAAUUUAUGCAUACAUCCGGAUGUAUCAAGAGAAAGAGAAGGUAAAUUAGUUGAUGGCAAAUGCCAUUCCCUGACUGCCAGUUACAUCAGAGAGAGGCAUGAGCAUGAUAGUUCUGUGCCCAUUUGUCAGUUUUAUGAAGGAUUUAACCGAGAAGGAAAGGAGUCUAUGCUGCCAUAUGGCGUGUACACAAUGGAUGACCUCAAACAGUAUGGUGCUGAUAGAAACUGGUGUCCAUACUUCUUGUCUAGAUUUGCUAUAAUCCAUGCAGAGAUAGUAGUAUAUUCCUACCACUAUCUCCUAGAUCCAAAGAUCGCAGAAGUUGUAUCAAAGGAGUUGAACAGAGAAGCGGUGGUGGUAUUUGAUGAGGCCCAUAAUAUAGACAAUGUGUGCAUCGACUCCCUCAGUGUGAAGAUAACUAGACGAACUAUUGACAAGAGCUCUCAAGCUUUGCAGUCUUUGGAAAAAGCUGUUGCGCAAUUAAAGGAAGAGGACGCGGAAAGGCUCAGCCUGGAGUACGAGCAGAUGGUGGAGGGGCUGCGCGAGGCGGCCGUCGCGCGCGACACCGACCUCAUCCUCGCCAACCCCGUGCUGCCCGACGAGGUGCUGAACGAGGUGGUCCCGGGUAAUAUAAGGAAUGCGGAACAUUUCUUAGGGUUUUUGAAGCGUUUCAUAGAAUACCUGAAGACCAGGCUGCGGAUACAACACGUGGUGCAGGAGUCGCCCGCUGGUUUCCUCAAGGACGUCUCCUCCAGGGUGUGCAUCGAGCGCAAGCCGCUGCGGUUCUGCGCCACGCGGCUGCAGUCGCUCAUGCGCACGCUGCAGAUCCCGGACCCGUCGGCGCUGGGCGCGCUCACGCUGGUGGCGCACCUCGCCACGCUGGUCUCCACAUACACCAAGGGGUUCGUCAUCAUCAUCGAGCCCUUCGACGAUAAGACCCCCACGGUGUCCAAUCCGAUAUUGCAUUUCUCAUGCAUGGACUCGUCGAUAGCGAUGCGGCCGGUGUUCUCCAGGUUCCAGACUGUCAUCAUCACUUCUGGGACGCUGUCGCCGUUGGACAUGUACCCCAAGAUCCUGGACUUCAACCCCGUGGUGAUGAGCUCCUUCACCAUGACCCUGGCGCGCCCUUGCAUACUGCCCAUGAUAGUGUCAAAAGGCAGCGAUCAAGUGGCGAUAUCGUCGAAGUACGAGACGCGCGAGGACGUGGCCGUCAUACGUAACUACGGGCAGCUUCUAGUCGAGAUAUCGUCGUGCGUGCCGGACGGCGUGGUGUGCUUCUUCACGUCGUACCUGUACCUGGAGAGCGUGGUCGGCGCGUGGUACGACCAAGGCGUAGUGGCGAGUCUUCAGCGACACAAAUUACUGUUCAUAGAGACGCAGGACUCGGCCGAGACUAGCUUUGCUCUCAUUAAUUAUAUCAAGGCGUGCGAGAGCGGGCGCGGCGCCGUGCUGCUGUCGGUGGCGCGCGGGAAGGUGUCGGAGGGCGUGGACUUCGCGCAGCACCUCGGCCGCGCCGUGCUCAUGUUCGGCAUCCCCUACGUCUUCACGCAGAGCCGCAUCCUCAAGGCGCGCCUCGACUACCUGCGCGAACACUUCCAGAUCCGUGAGAACGAUUUCCUGACAUUCGACGCGAUGCGGCACGCGGCGCAGUGCGUCGGCCGCGUGCUGCGAGGUAAGACGGACUACGGCAUCAUGAUCUUCGCGGACAAGCGCUUCAGCCGCGCCGACAAGCGCAGCAAGCUGCCGCGCUGGAUACAGGCGCACCUGCGCGACUCGCUCUGCAACCUCAGCACCGAGGAGGCCGUGCAGAUCUGCAAGCGCUGGCUGCGGCAGAUGGCGCAGCCCUUCACGCGCGAGGACCAGCUCGGCGUGUCGCUGCUCACGCUGCACCAGCUGCAGUCGCAGGAGCAGCAGGACAAGAUCGAGAAGCAGGUCAUACAGAAG